GAGACGAGCGAGUCCAAACCAGCAUAGUUGCGGCACUGCAGCUUACCAUAGGGGGCAAACAGCAGACACGGUUGUAAAGCUCGGGACGAUAAAAACGACCGUUCGGAGGCUUUACUUCCCAGGCAUGGGAGCGGGCAACACAUAUUCGUGCCCAGCUAGUGUCAUUCUUCGGUAAGGGAAACCUUUUCUCUCGAGAUCCAGGUGACGGAUAUGUACAUGUGAGGUUGGUAGCUAUACUACGCGGUGAAUGGAUGAGAUGGUGUUUGCUAUAAGUGGUGGCAGUGUUUCGGAAGAUACGCGCAAUACAAUAUUGAAACUCUGUGAUCAAGAUUACGAUGGAGGAGGAGACAAGGGGCAAGAAAUCAAUAUUCAUAGGAGGGCUCGCCGAGGACGUGGACGAAGCUGUCAUCUACGAGCAUUUUUCACCCUUUGGAGACAUCGUGGAAGUUCAGCUUCCCUCUGCUGCAACAAAUCCAGCUCAAGAGGCGGAUGUAAAACACCGUGGCUUCGCCUUUGUCACUUACGCUUCCGCCGCUGAUGCUCAGGAUGCAAUCGACAAUAUGGACCUCAAUGAACUACACGGAAAAGUUUUGAAGGUCAACCUCGCCAAGUCAGUGAAAGCCGCUAUUCAGCCCGCACAAGGGAACAGAGCCAUAUGGGAGUCGGAAGAGUGGCUACGACAGCAUGCCAAGCCGCUGGCACAAAGUGGAGGCGUUCAAGGCCGCAAUGCACAAAGAGAGGCCAGAGCGAACGGCGAAGCCAGCCAGGAGGAGGAACCUGCCAAUACCGAAGACGAAGGACCCAUGGAAGAGUAGUCUUAUCAUCUGAGGGUGCCUGCAGCUGAAGUUAUACACAAAUUCGAGGACAAGUC